CACAUGCUAUUCCCGAAGAUUUACGUGUUUACGCUGCGCUGACUCUAUGACUCGCUGAGCAGGCUUCUUGAUUGUUUUAGCCGGGACGGAAUAAAGGCGAGCCGGAGGCAGGAGGAGGAAACUUUCCGCUCUCUUCACCCUCAGUGAUCCGCUGACCAUGUUUGAAUGCAGUUAUGAUGACAUGAACCGUCCCAACAUUAUAACGGGCACAUGCAUUUUGGGGCAUACUGUUCAUAUCCAAACACCGCCGCUGACUGCGUACAUGAAAGCGGUCGAUCCUAUAGACUUCUGGCUUUCUUAUCCCGAUGACGUGAUAAGAGCGAAUUGCGAUACGAUUAAACUUUUUAUAUUAUGGCCGAUCCUUAUUAGGCAAAGGGACUCCUUGCGAUGUGUGCAACCGCGAAUAGCGGAAUACUCGGACGUGAACAUUCAAGAGUUAAACUACAUCGAGCUGGUGGAAGAUCUUGCAGAUCUGGUUAAGAAAAAAGCGAACCAUCGGCGUUUCAUAGAGAGUAUACUGAAGAUCGGGAAGAAAAUGGACAAUGAUAAAUGUAAGAAGCCUUGUCCCAUACGCGAAGCGUUAAAUUGGGUCCGGUCCAACGGGGAAAUGGGCCUUUAUGUUAAAUUACAGGAAGAUGAAGCGCGGUGCACCCGCAUACUGCGGUUCUUCUUCACUGAAUAUCCAUUCUAUAUAAGACGGAUGGCGGAUGAUCGCAUGACCAUGGUGUGCCUAUUUAACAACCAGUGCUGCAAAUUAUGUGCCGAGGAGACUGAAAAAAUGAAGGCGUUUGGGAACGAGGAUUUUACAAGAGGCCGGUUUGAUUUGGCCUUGGAAAUGUACACCAAAGCUAUAAACGUCAGCCCCGAGAACCACCUUCUCUUCAGCAAUCGCGCACUUUGUUCUCUGCGUAUGGGCAACUUCUGGAAAGCGCUUAGUGAUGGGAAGAAAGCUAUUAUUCUCAAACAAAAUUGGCCGAAGGGUCACUACCUCUUCUGCGAAGCCCUGUUUUUAAUCGGAGAGAAGGAGCGAGCGCUGGCGUCUAACGAGAAGGCGCAGGAUCUGUGCAAAGACAGCCCGGACGGCAUACGAGAUCUACUCCAGCAGCAUGAAAAGUUUCAAAAGCAAGUGGAAGAGAUGAAAGACAUGAAAGAAAAGAAGAAAACUAGUAAGAAGCAAACUCAAGAAAAAAGACUUGCUGCUCAGUUCUCCUCGGCAACUGACCUCGCAGAAAGCAAGAAUAUAUCUUCCGGUGUUGAAGAGGACUCCGUAAUUAAGCUGCCUUCUGGAGGAAAGAGUAUGGGGAAUAAAGAAAGUGCUGAUAGCUUCACUGGAGAAAAUACAAGGAAAGGAAAAUCCAAAGGUAAAAGUGGAGGCUGUGACAAAAUAAGGGAAUCUGCCGCCGUAAAUUCCAACGGGACCCUGGACAAUAUAACCUGCAGGUCUCCACAGAUGGAUUUGCCGGCGUUGAUAGACUUGGUGAAGUCCCAGGUAUACGAAGGCUAUACGGCCCUAGAAAACCAGCGCUUCCACAGCGCGCAGGGAAUAUUUUCUCGGCUCCUGGAUGUCUUGGAACAGGCGGACAUCAGGGAGCUUCAUCUCUCUAAUGCGGACUCUGCCGUUCUCCGGUAUGGCUACGCUAAUGCGCUUCUUGGCAUUGGGCAGUGCGAGGAGUUAACAAAAGCUGAAACUCAGUUCAAACAUAUCCAACAGCAGUACAGCAAGGAGAGGUUUAACUGUCUGGCUGUCUAUGGAAUCGGCAAUGUAUAUUUCAGGCAAAACCGGUUUUCAGAUGCAUUAAACCAGUAUAUGAGAUCACAGACCAUGGUGGCGCAUAAGAUUGUGCCGGGGCUCCUAACAUGGCCGACUACGUCAGUUGUCAUUGAAGAGAGCAGACCAGAGAAAUUAAAGUUGAUUUUGGAGAAUCGUAUAGAAGAAUGCAAGUUUCCACCCAAACCUGAAGCAAUUUGUCGCUACGAGCAAUGUCUCAGCCUGCCUAAGAAACAAAUCUAUUUCACCGACCCAGAUUUCAAGGGUUUCAUCCGCAUGCUGUGCUGCCGCUUGUGUAAAGUCGAGUUUCAUAUUUGUUGCUGGAAGAAACUGAAGGCCGCCGCUUACUCUGAUAAAACCGACAAGGAUUUCCUAAGAGGCCCUUGUCUUACGCCGGACUGUAAGGGUAGCAUCUGUCUCAUUGUAAUCUUUGAUAGCACUGGAGUUGUGAAAUGCGAGUUUGAAGAUAAAAUUGUUAAAAAGCGAGAGUCUCAGAAGCCUGCGCCCAAGCCGAAGGGAUCGGGCACCAAGAAAUUAAAAAUUAAACUAGAAAAUAAAGGCGAACGCAAGAAAAUAGCCGAGGAAGAGGAGCUAAAAUUGCCAUAUGAUGAUAAGCAGAAAAACCAUAAGAAAAACCCUAGCGUAGAUUAUAAAAAAGGUUGUUACGAUACUGUGCCUUUCGAAAUAAUGUUAGAGCAUAUAAAGCAGAAAGAAGCUUUAAUUACGUCUGGACUCUCUGAUACCGAACAGUUUCAGGACCUAUUACUCUUAUGGGAAAUUAUAAGCGAGGAGGAACUCGACGCGCUUUCGUUUGAUACGUCUUGUAACGGUCCGCACGAAGAGAUGACGCUCCUCCUGAAACACCUCUACAAACUUAACCAUAGAGUGAAAACCAGAAUAUUUCUUUACCUGCUGUCAAAAUGUUAUUUCCUAACUUUAGAGCUGGAUAACUGGAUAAAUAUGAUUGACGUAGCAGGUUUGCGAGCAGCGAGAAACUUUCAUGUUUGCAAUGAAGAGUUGUUUGGUAAACUUAACUUUGAGGCUCUGAUUAAUCCGUGGAACGAGACGUACGGAAGGUAUCUGGACUUCGACAUCGUGGAUCUCGAUGUAAAAGAAAUCCUCGAUAAACUAAACGAUCCAGAGUCCUUCCGCUGCUUCAUCUGGUUCCUAGAGGAACACAGAGGGAACUUCUCAUAUGGAGGCCUGGAAGGGGCCUUAGAUAUAUACUUUACACAGAUGGAUGCGCCGUAUUAUAAUUUUAGAGCAAAAUCCUCAAAUGAAGCUCAGCCCACUAAAUGUAUCAAAGUGAAAAACAAACACAAGAAAAAGAAACAGAAUCAGCCAAAGACUGUUUAUAUGUUGUCGGGGGCUGUAAGCACUAGGUCUCAAGAAGAAGACAUAUUUACUGAAGAAAACACCCUAAGCCUAUUGGAUCCAAACGAACCCUUUAUAGUCCCUGAAUAUCUGCGCCACCAAGUAGAAGAAUUUGAAAUCCUCUAUGAUCCUGACUUCGGUAGAAAUCGUUACCUGCGGCAUUUUGAUAGCGGUGCAGAUGCCAUCCGGGAAACGCUUUACGAGUAUUUCUCUCUGAUUUUGGAGGAGCACGGCCCUCUGGAGAUCGAUGAGAUCCUGGCUGGGGAAUAUAGAGAGUUCCCCGCAGAAACACACCAGUUGGUAGAUGAAUCUGGAGGGCUGAAGGAUUUCCUCCUGGAAUCGAGGCGCUUUGCAGCGGUUGGCAAUUUGCUUGGCCUCCAGAGUCAAGCCGCUCUGCUCCAAAAUAUCACGGACAGAACCCAACUCAACCCAACCGCCAAGGAAUUUAAUCCCGUAUCUUAUAAAGCCGUUAAUGAAGUGAUACGUAAUAAUUCAGACUGCACUGCAAAUAUAACGUAUCUUAAUCCAUCUCCAGUCCUUUAUACUGACCUUGCUUUUAAUUAUAUGCCGCUAUAUCCUAUAUUACCGCUAGGUCAUGGGACUUUGCCGCCGAUGACUAUAGGAACUUCCGUUAGUCCCAACACCGAGCCGAUACCUUCUAUAACUGGAGAUAUUCAUAGGGUUUAUAAUACAGGUAUAGAUGUGGACCCCUUUACGGUAGAUAGUGUGAAUACACUUCGGUGUGAUAACGUAAAUCCGCAACGGGCUAGCGAGAAACCUUGUGGCGGCAGCGACGGCGAUUCCUCCCCGAGAAAGGAUAAACAGAGGUCCCUUCCACUGAAACAUAAACGUACAGCAAUAGUAGCGGUGCAGGUAGAUAUAGAGGUGUCAGAACACGAUAUGAAUACUGAUCCGUUUCAGCCCUUUGAAACUCAACAGGGUGAUAUAUUGCGUAUGGAAAAGGAGCAUCUAGUUCUUCAAGAGCAUCUGGCAGAAGCCACCGAGAAAUACGAGCAUCUGCAGAGCCGCUGUCAGGAGGAAAUAGUCAGUCUGACCGAGCAGAUCAAUGACACUAUAGAAAAGAAUAAGAUUACAAAGAAAGAACUCACUUGGCUUAGUCAAGAUUUGGAGAAUGAAGUCAAAAAAUAUCAGCUAGAGAAGAAAGAAAAUCAGGAAAAGAUCAAAGCUCUAAAGAAUAAUAUUAAGGUGGUGUCUGAAGCCAAUGAGCGGUGUUAUAAAGAAAUUGAAGAGAAGAAAAAACAGUAUGAAACGCAUCUGGAGAAAUUUUUUCACACAUGUUUGAGUAAUUUUGAAGAGGAGAGAACCCAGGUGGAGAGACGUACGAAGGAACGACAAGAGGAGCUGGCGGAAAUCCGGCAGAGAGCGCUCGCUGCCGAGGUGAAUGUGCUGGAGAAUAUAAAACAGUCUGAAUUAUUACGGCUAAGGACCAAAGCAUCGAAGGCAGAAAACAGCCUCGGUCUAUUAAAGGCAAUGGCCAGCAGUCACCCGACUUCCGCAGAGUCUUUGAAACAGAUUGGCGGCCUGGAGUCUCUGCUGUCGGCCCUCAAACUGGAGGCAGAACGUUUAAAGUGCCAUUUUGAUGAGAAAAUCAAACUAGCGAAAGAUGGUACGAAGCUCAGUUCCCUCUCGGACCGUCCUGCAUCCAGUUUCCAGACCACUCUUACUACUGGAUGUGAAAUUAAGUCGCCGGCCGGUAGCUCUGCAUCCAGUCCCAUCUCUGCUGUGUCCCAGAUACCCCUCUCGUCCCCUUUAAAGAGCCAUGCCGUAGUCAAAGCAGCCGGGCCGACUGAUAGGACCCGCGUACCCCAUGCAGCUGUCAAACCAAAGAUGCAAGUGCACCAUUUCUCUAAAGCUAAGGGGACGGCCGCUCAGCAGAGGAGAGAAAACGCAAGAGAAGAAGCGAGACUUCCCUCCCCGGCGAAACAGACGCCGUUUGAUAAGAUCAUUGAAGAGCUGCAGGAAAUCUUUCCUUAUUAUAAAAGCGGGGAGCUCGCGUUCUUCAUAAAGGAGGUGCGUAGUAAGGUCGGAGGGUCUCUCGGGGGCAUGAAACAGGAGGAGGUCAUUGCAAGAGUCACUGAAUACAUACUGGACUAUCAGACGAAGCAACAAGUAAAGCAGAAUCCGACAGGGGGAAUUAAGGCUAACCCAGGACAGGCCAGUUCUCAGCAAACCCCGGCUGCCCAAACUAAGCAACAACCAUGGAGGCUGGUUUCAGGAUCGUCCAAAAACAAGUGGCAGAAAUCGAAUGACUUUGAGCCCCCCAGUGACGAGCCCUGCAUUAUAUGUCACGAUGAUCUCACGCAGUACCCGGUGCACAUGCUGGACUGCGGACACUACUUUCACAAACACUGUAUAAAGAAAUGGCUGAACACGCAGAGCACGUGCCCGACGUGCCGAGACCAUGCUCUCCUGCCGGAAGACUUCCCGGCUCUGUCUGGGAGAAUGAGAACCGCUUAGUGCAGCUUUUUUACCCAGAAGUAUCUGAUAUUCUGAAUGGGUAACCAACAGCAACAGCCUGUCCUACCGUUUCAUGCACGGGUUUUUAUUAAUUACGUAUAAAGCAAGAACUCGACAGGCUCCCGGAAAAUACUAUAGAAAGGCUCCAAUCCGCAGCAUAAAUAUUGUCCGUUUCUGUCAUACUAUAAGACAAAUAUCACUUGGCUAAUUAAUAAAUUAAUAUCAUCCUAUUGGGGCAAUUAACUUUCCCACAGGUAGCCUCAGACCUGUUAUUCUGAGUUAG